CUGACUGUCAACUUGGUAAAAGGUACAUGCUACAGCAAACAGCAUUCGAUCAGUAACCGCGUAAGUCGCACGAUGUUUACACGUGUGCCGAUUGCUUAACGUCAUUUGGAACGGCGCUCACGUUAAAGUUUUAUUCAUUUGUUUAUAUAAUCUGUGGAUUUAUUGAAGGCUUUUUUUGGAUUCUGGAACGAAACAGGUAGAACAGUGGAGGACAGUGAAGUGUAUUGUGCUCUCUCAAAAAUGAUUCAGUGGUCGCAGUUUCAUAGUACUUAUGUAAUAAUUUGAUAAAUAACUGUGUGAAUGAAGAGCCUGUGAUAAAAUAUUAUAAUACAGAAAUACUUAGCAAUGACAAGAACUUGCUAAAGGAUGGCCUUAACGAAUUUCACGGUAGCUGCUGUUAAUGCGGCGACGCCAGCUAUUGCUGCGACAGCCCCUACACCUUUGCAGGUGAACCUCGAUGAUCUGCUUUACUCUCCAGAAGAACAUCAAGCCCAAUAUGCUUCAGAAUACACUGGAAACGAACCCUUCUCACCUCCAUCAAGUCAAGCACAACCAAAAAGACCUAAAGUCAGAAAACGCGCCGGCACCGCAUAUCUUCCACCACCCAAUCAAUUUACCCAAUAUCCACGACAAAAUAACAUUCCACAUAAUCCUUUUAACAGUCCAUUACAUUCACAGAUAUAUAAUCCAAAUUCGAGGCUUGAUUUACCCUUACAAAAUCAAAGGGUCCAAGAAAUGAACAUGCAGUAUGACAACAACGGUCAAUACGUACACGAUCCCACUGGUGAUUAUGAUUAUGAGCAAAGACGGAUAGAUAAGAACGCUGGUCAAAUUCCAACUUACCCAGGAUUCGCGGAUUUGCCCUAUCAACCGUCUAACGUACCAGGUCAAACUUCUAGUCGAAAGUUCGAAGGCAAUUCGAAUCAAAACGUUAAUAAAUAUAGCUUCGGUUCUGUAACGACAGCAGCACCGUCACGAAAGCAAAAUGAGGCUGGAAAACGUAUUAGUAAUAGUGGGAGUAGUGGUCAAACGCCUCCGGACACUCCGAGAGGUUUCACCAAAGUAGAAACGGGGAGCUCGGGAGGGAAGACGCAGUUACACGCAGUAUUGGACUAUGAUGACGACGAGUAUUAUGACGAUAGCGGUUCAGAUGGAAUACAGCCAUCCGUGACGCCGUUGCAAGGGCCGAUACUGUUAAGAAAUGGUACUGUCCCAGUUGUACCACUCACCUCAUACCCCACAGUCAACAAUGGUUCCUUUUAUCAAAUACCUAUUUUAUGGACAGCUCUGUCACUGGCGCUCGGGUAUGAAAUCCAAGGUCAAAUCAUCAGAGGAGUGCCAUGCGUGAAGCGAAACUUUCAACUUUAUUGUCCAACGGCUGGCAACACUUAUCCCUUAGACAAAAUCGAAACGUUCAUCGAUGAGAACAAAGCUUUAAUAAAACGCAUGUACGGCUCAUUCACUAUGCCCGGCGGGAGCAGAGUACGGAGGGCGCCAGGUGUGCCAGACUUGCAUGCGGGUAUACCGGACUCGCAUUCAGGGGACUCGUACUUCAGGCAUGUGAGGCAGGCAAAACCUCCGCUGCCGGAUGCGCAGUCGGUGAAUAGUACCGGCAGAAUAGACGCCUGCGAAAGUAAAACAGAAAUUAUGACACCAUAUUGGGCGCUAAAUUCUGGCCGGAAGUUACGUGCAAUAGUCAACACUAUGCAUUUUGAGCAAGCGAUACAUCAAGAAGUGUGCAGCAAACAAUCAACUUCAAGAUGUUCCGGAGACUGCGGCUGUGAACAGAAGUACAAAUGGCAUCGCCUCCUCGCCUACGAUCCCAGUGACGACUGCGCGGGAAUAUUCAUGGAUUGGUUCUUAUUCCCUUCAUGUUGUGUGUGCCGCUGUAAACCUUAAACUAUAUGACAAUAGACAAGUUAUGGACUGUCCUGUAACGGUGUGAUACUCUAUGGAAAACGUAAAUAAACUGUACACGUGUUCAGAAAAAUUCCUGCGUGCCAGCUCAUUUUUAUUGACAAUUUGUC